AUGCCACCCACCUUUUCCCAACCCGACUCAGCCCUCAUCUCCUCACUCAUAUCCCUCUCCAAAAAAUCCCCAAAACUCGUCAAAUCAUCCGUCUACCCCGCACCCGCAUCCCCAGACAUCUCCCUCCGAUCAUGGAAGAUGAACGAAUUCAAGUAUUACGAUAUCCCCAGCCCCUUUCCCACACUCGCCCGCGGGCUCUUCACACUCACCGAAAAAGAAGACGGGGAGGAGAGGCAUAGGAUCGUGGUUAGAGGUUACGAUAAAUUCUUCAAUAUUGGUGAAGUGCCAUGGACGACUUGGGCGUCACUCGAAUCGCACACCAUCGCGCCUUAUACCCUCUCACUCAAAUCGAACGGAUGCAUUAUAUUCAUCGCGGCACUUACACCCACAAAGAUCGUCGUCACGUCUAAACACUCCCUGGGGCCUGUGGGGAACAGCACAUUAAGCCACGCACAGGCUGGCGAGGGCUGGUUGAGGAAGUAUUUCGAAAAAGUAGGCAAGACCGAGGAAGACUUGGCAAAGCAGCUUUGGGAUAAUAAUUGGACUGCCAUUGCCGAGCUAUGCGAUGACUCUUUCGAAGAACACGUCCUUGCCUACCCACCCGAAAAGACAGGCCUCCACCUGCACGGCCUCAAUACCUGCACGAAGGACUUUCAUACCCUCCCACACACCGUCGUAGACGCGUUCGCUGAAGAAUGGGGGUUCAUCAAGACCCUCACCACGACGCUGAACACCAUCCAAGAGGUCCGGGAAUUCACAGACUCUGUGGCAAAAGCAGGCGAAUGGAACGGGGAGAGCGUCGAAGGCUUCGUGGUCCGCACGCACGUCACAGAGCCGCCUACGGGAAAGUCUCGGACGGACAAGUCGCCCUACGCACCGGGCUCCUCGUUCUUCUUCAAGGUAAAGUUUGACGAGCCCUACAUGAUGUACCGUGACUGGCGGGAAGUCACAAAGUCGCUGCUGUCCAGCAACAGCAAAGGCGAGAUGAAAGCGAGCAGCCUGCCGAAAUCAAAGAUGAAGCGCCCGGAGACAAAGGUGUAUGUCAAGUGGGUGAUCGAGGAGAUCAAGAAGCACCCUGAGGAGUUUGCGGAGUAUUCAAAGGGUAAAGGGAUCAUUGCGACGCGGGAAAAGUUUUUGGCGUGGUUAGCUGGGGAGGGGAAGGCAGAGUUGAAGGCGGUGGAGGAGCAGACGGACAAAGAGGUAAAGGAGGAGCAGGAUGGAAAGGCGAAAGUGUUUGGGAAGACGAUCAUUGUGCCCAUUGCGAUACCUGGGUGUGGCAAGACGGCGGUGUCGGUCGCAUUGGCGCAUAUAUUUGGGUUUGGGCAUACGCAAAGCGACGAUGUGCAUGUCAAGAAAGCACCACCCAUCUUUGUGAAGAACGUCAUGUCACUACUCCAGACACACGACGUAGUUAUCGCAGACAAGAACAACCACCUCCGCCAACACCGCCAAGCCCUCCGCGACGCCACAUCCAAGCUCCCCACUCCCGUCCGCCUCCUCGCGCUCAACUGGUCCCUUGACAAACCCAACGCCACAAUCCACCGCAUCUGCGCAGACCGCAUCCAAUCCCGCGGAGCGAACCACCAAACCCUCCGCGCAGACCUGUCCACCUACAAAGCGCAUGAAGAGGUUGUGUGGAUGUUCAUCAAUACAACCGAAGAACUCGCUCCGAGCGAGGUGGACGAGUGCAUCGAGAUGGAGCUGGAGGAUUCGCUCGAAGAGGCCGUGGAGAGGGCUGUAGCUGGUGUCGCGAGAAUCUUGGGGAUCUCUCAUCCUGGUGAGGAAAAAGUGAAGGAGGGGAUAGAGGUGGUGAAGGGGUACGAGCCCUCGUACAAGAAACCCGACGAACCCAAGAAGAAAGCGGCGCCGGAGGCGAGGUAUUAUGGGCUCUUGCCCGAGGUGGACCUUGUGGAGUUGUUGGAUGCGCAGCUUAAGGGGACGGAGGGGGAGAAAUUUUGGGAUCAGCUGAAGAAGUCUGGGAGGGUGACGAAGAGGCCGCAUGUCACUAUCGUGCAUAAGUUUGAACUGUCUUCGUCAAGGGAGCUGUGGGAUCGGUGUGCGGGGUUACACGCGUCCGCCUCUCCGCCUUUGUUCAAGGGAAAGCUGGGGAGCGUGGUUUGGGAUGGGAGGGUGAUGGCUGUGUCUGUGGAUGAUGUAGGGGUUGAGGAGGGUGAGAGCGGAGAGGGGCAGGAGGGUGCGGUGUUCGUGUCGGGGUUGGGUGGUGAUGUGAGGGGAAGAUUGCAUAUUACUGUGGGCACUAGAGAUGGAGAGGUGCCGCCUGUGGAGGCCAAGGGGCUGGUGCAGGAGUGGAGAGGGGGUGAGGCGGUGAAGAGCGUAAAGUUGGGGGAUGUGGUGUUUAGGGGCAGGGUGAAGGGAUUGAAUUGA